AAACUUAGAGUUCUAUAUAAAGAGCAUAGAUCAAUAACACAACUAUUUAUUGUUUACAUCACUUGUCUUCUUUCUUUCGUAAUUUCACGAUGAUGAUGACGCCCACCGUUAAGAAAAGCAUCGCCAUUAGGUCUGUCGAGUUAUACGGAAACGCGCUUUCUCGUCCUCGUUUCUUCGUCAAUCCUCAGUUCCGUCUCCAAGGACGAAUCGAAGGUGACGUCGGCAAGCUCCGAGCACAGCUCGAGAGUUCCAGCGCUGGAGACUCCGAGAAGAAGAAGAAGAAGAAGAAGAGGUGUGGUUGUGAUUCUCCUCCUCCUCCCGCGUCUCCGGUUGCGGUGAAACGAAGGAGGUACUUUUAUCUGAACGACGAUAAUGAUGAGGGGGAAGAUGAAGGCGCGGAGAGAAUCAUCAGAAACCUAUCUGAUGAUUUUGAUGAGGAGGAGGAAGAUGAAGGCGUGGUGGCGAGGAUCAUCAGAAACCUAUCUGAUGAUUUUGAUAGAGUCGGUGGAGAGAGCAAAUUCAUUAAGAAAUCGAUUGAAUCGGCGGGAAAGAGAUUGAAGGAGAAGAAGAAGAGCCUAAGGGUUGAGGAAACAAGUUCAACAACUAGGGCGUCGUCUCCAAGAUUGACGAAGCCUCUAUGUUUUAGAUAAUUCAUUAAAAAAAAUUGUAACUUCUUAUUAGUUUCUUGAUUCUUUAUAAAUAUUAAUUUCUCUGCU